AUGAACAGGCCGGGCUACGAUUAUACCGUGCCUGCAUCCACCACCUACUAUGCGAGUAAUAAUCGGCCUCCGCAAUACGAACGCGGUUACGGACAACUCACAGCCGGUCCCCUUUAUAGCCCCUCCUCGCACCCACUCUCUAAUUAUGCAGAUAUCUAUGAAGGCAACAACGAUACCACUCUCAGAGCAGAAGAGAGGCAUUGGUACAUAGAAAAUCACAAAAACUUACAACCAAGUUAUGAAGUCAGUGACACUGUUCCUCAAGAUGCCAAAGCUAAGAAAGAAGAAGAGAAGAAAACCGAAGUACCAGUUAGACGAACUGAUGCAACUUUGCCGCGACAGAGACGGAAAGAGGAUAGGUGCUCAUGUGAAUGUUGGCCUACUGUGAAUACUGACAAUAACGUCGUGCAAGACAGCGCUACAGGAAAUGAAACAACGAGGUCGUUGUCAGGAGUCGAUGUAGUUGCUUCUUACGGCGUAUAUGGAAAUCCUCGCGAUGAUGAAAGCUCGGGUUUUGCGCGAAUCUCGGAGAAAAGUGCAAUGUAUGGACAAGGCAGUGAUGCUCCUGUGCAAGGUGUAAUAGUGAACCAGCAAGGGAAUAGUGCGGUAGUGCGUGCCACGUCCCCAUCGGAACCUAGCUGUGGCAAGUGUUGUGUGUGGACGACCAGCCCUCCGGCAGAGAACUCUGAGGACUACUGUUGGAUACACUACUGCCGCCCUGCAUUGAUAGUGUUACUACUUUUGUUUUUUCUGGUCUUGUUGGGCGUGUCUACUGGCUUCUUACUGACUAAUAACUAUUUACACUACCAACCAAGACCUCCGGCUGCUGAGGAAGCAUGUGAAAAAACAUUUUGCCGUUGGGGAGCGGAAUGUGUGUCUCUUGGGGAUGGACGCGCCCAUUGCGCCUGCCCUGCCACUUGCCCCAGCGCCCCAGCCCCGGUAUGCUCGACAGCGGGUCGCACUUACCGAAACCAUUGCUACUUACGUAAGGAAGCCUGUGAACGUCGACUGAACCUACGCGUCAAGCAUGAGGGUGAAUGUGACGCAGGAGAUCCAUGUACCACAGUUUCGUGUCCAGCUGGCGCACGAUGCGUAGCAGCUUAUGGUCAACCAGAAUGUAGAUGUCCAAGAAGUUGUCAGAGACGGAAGCCAGUCUGUGGCACUGAUGGCAGAGAAUACGCAUCCGUAUGCCAUUUAGAUAAGCAUGCAUGUGACAACCAAAUGAAUACAACUAUUAAAUAUCAUGGAAAAUGUGAUCCAUGCUCAGAACACGAAUGCGCUGACGGUGGCUUGUGUCAAUUAAAUGAAGUGCGAGCUCCCGUGUGUAAAUGUGGUCCACCAUGUGAUCUGUUGGUACGGCCUGGAUCUGCUGUGUGUGGCUCCGAUUACAGGGACUAUCCAAGUGAAUGUGCUUUGCGACGAGAAUCGUGUCGAACUCGACAGCAACUCACUAUUGCCUACAGAGGAGAAUGUGCCUCUGCUCAACAUCCCUGUGAUUCGGUAAAAUGUGGUUCGCGGGAGCGUUGUUCUUUGGAUGCACGUGGAGUCGCAGUGUGCGGCUGUGGUCCUGAAUGCGAACCGGUGGUACGGCCCGUAUGUGGCUCCGAUGGACGGACGUAUGACAGUCGUUGCCAUUUGGAGCGCACCUCAUGUCUUGACAACCGAGAUGUACGAAUAGCUUAUACAGGACCUUGUGGUGUAGAAAAUCCUUGCGCACGCGCAUCUUGUCCAUGGGGAGGAGCGUGCGUGGCACGUGGUGGUGCUGCGCAAUGCGCCUGCCCGGUAUGUGAUGCUACGCUCACGCCCGUGUGUGCUUCGGAUACCAAUACCUAUGGCUCUGAAUGUAAGAUGCGUAUGCACGCGUGCCAAGAAGGCGUCCCUGACGGUGAACUGCGAGUGUUAUACAACGGAACUUGUCAGACUUGCUCGGACAUCGUAUGCAAAGGCGGGGGCGACUGCGUCGUGGACUCGGACACCGGGCGUCCUACGUGUCGUUGCAACCACAAUUGCACUGAGGCACAGGAAUCAGAAGUGGUAUGCGGGAGUGAUGGUCAAACCUAUCCGUCGCAGUGUGAACUGGACUCGACAGCAUGUCGCGACCAAGGUGAUUUGUGGCUUGCCUACAAAGGUGAUUGCGCUUUAUGCGAGGGCGUCCAAUGCACUUAUGGCGCCCAUUGUGCCGCUGGUGAAUGUAUUUGUCCCACUGACUGUACCGGAGCACCUCAUGAACCAGUUUGUGGCAGCACUAUGCAAACUUUCCCAAACGAAUGCGAACUUCAAAAAGCAGCUUGUAGAUUAUCGCCGCCAGCCACUUUACAUGUCAUAUUUUAUGGAGAUUGCAAGGACAGAUUAGCUGUCGUACCACCGAUUGCCAUGAGUACGACCGCGAUGACCACAACCGAGGAGGAAGAAGGGUCGACGGAUUCUUGGGGUGCAACGAACCAAGAGGGGACUGCCAAUCCAAGUGCUUGUCGGGAUAUACGGUGCGACUUCGGCGCUAGCUGUGAAGUCGGCUCUGAUGGAUACCCUCGUUGCUCCUGCCUUUUCGAGUGUCCGCAUGACAAUGAAUACUUUCCCGUCUGUGCUUCUGAUUUCAAACUUUAUCCUAGCCUCUGUGCUAUGCGCAAAGAGGGAUGUCAAAAACAGCUUGAAUUAAGACUGCGGCCUUUGGAUUUAUGUAAAGGUAUGGAGGUACGACCAUGUGGUAACAGUAAAGCUAUGGUUGAUCUUGCUACUGGGCUUGAAAUAGAUUGUGGUAACGGACCACACCGACAGGACUGUCCUGCUGGAAGCUACUGUCAUAUUACAUUAACUGCAGCUAGGUGCUGUCCUAAGAACGAUUCAAAAUUAACCGAAGAAAAGAAGAUAUCUCACUGUUCCGAGUCAGCGUACGGGUGUUGUUCUGACGGGUCGACCACAGCGUCAGGACCUAAUGAGGAAGGGUGUCCAAUCACAAGUUCUACCUGCGGUUGCAAUCGGCUCGGUUCAGUUUCCGAUCGAUGUGAUGAGGAAGGACAGUGUGCUUGUCGUCCCGGCGUAGGUGGCCUCAAGUGCGACCGGUGCGAACCCGGCUAUUGGGGUCUACCGAGGAUCGGUUCCGGUCACACGGGAUGUAUUCCCUGCGGUUGUUCGGCAUUUGGUUCGGUCCGAGAAGAUUGUGAGCAAAUGACUGGAAGAUGUGUGUGCCGAACAGGCGUUCAAGGACAAAAGUGUACCGUGUGUGCGGACCAUAGACGCAGAUUAGGACCCAACGGGUGUUCCGACCCUGAACUCGGUGGCGUGGUAUCUUCGUGUACUGAGUUGUCCUGUUACUUCGGCGCCGUUUGUACGGAACGCACUGGUGGUGCUCUCUGUGAAUGUGCGGCGGCCCCAUGCUCAGACAGCGACACUAAUAUGUUGGUAUGCGGUAGCGACGGAAAAACUUACGAGUCCGAAUGUCAUUUAAAACUUCAAGCAUGUCGUACACAAGAAGAUAUUGUAGUUCAAGCGUUUGGGCCUUGUAAACUAGGCGAAGUAGCGGGUACCGCCGGUCCACCAAGACCCUCGUCGCCUAUACAAUUUACACAACAAGAUGACGGAGCUGCAUCUAAAUCAACGAGACAUCUAUUAAACCCCGAUAAAUACUACAAUAAAUAUGAUUGGACUAGAAAAGAAACACCCAGUGAUUUCGACAGCAUACUCUCCGGCCAAAAGUUCAAAGCAACAACAGCUACAGUUGGGUCAAGGGGUGCAUCAGGUGCAGUGGGCGCAUUGCUCGGAGAUCUUUGUAGUGACGAUUCUGACUGUGCCGCUCUGCCGGGCGCUGAAUGUGCCCGGGCAGCUUGCGUCUGCCGCCCUGGACAUGUACCUACGUUACAUCGAAAGGCGUGUAUUGAACAAACGCCCCAAGAGACGACAGAGGAAUAUAGCGCCUGUUUGUCAGAGCCAUGUUACAAUCUCGGCACAUGUAUUGAUUUGCCUGGCUCCACGUACACCUGUUUAUGUGCAGGCCCUUACACUGGAUUAAAUUGCGAAUCUCUAGCAAAAGAGUCACUAUUGGGUCCCUAUAUUGAAACACCUUCCUUCGACGGCACUUCUUACAUACGCUUAAAACCGUUGAAAGCUUACCACAAGUUGAAUAUCGAUAUUGAAUUUAAAGCCUUUACUGAAAAUGGCGUUAUAUUGUACAAUCAGCAGAAACCUGACGGGACCGGUGACUUUGUUUCUCUCGCUUUAGUGAACGGAUAUUUAGAGUUUAGAUACAAUCUUGGAAAUGGAGUCUUAAUACUGACCUCUCUAGAAAAGAUAACACUAAACGAGUACCACAAGGUGUCAGCUAAACGAUACCACCGGGACGGGAUUUUAUCUGUAGAUGACAUGGAAGACGUGGUGGGCCAAUCUAGUGGCUAUUUAAAAGCACUAGAUCUUAGCGACGAUGCCUAUAUAGGCAGCGUACCGACCAACUUUUCACGGGUUUUCGACAACAUCGGCACGCGGAACGGUUUUAUCGGAUGUGUAAAAUAUUUAAGAAUAAUACGUCAUCAAGUUACAAAGAAAUUGGGCCGACCGGACUCAUUAGUUGUUGGUAUAGAAAAUGUUCAGGAAUGCCAAUCCAACCCAUGUAUGAGUAUGCCGUGCAAGAAUGGUGCCACGUGUAAAUCAAUAGAGGGUUCGACAACCGAAUAUACAUGUAGCUGCCCUAUCGGAUUUCAAGGAACCAAUUGUGAAGAGCGAUUAGAUCCGUGCGAGUCAAAUCCCUGUGGAUAUGAUGAAGGGCUAUUGUGUGACAUCGGACCGGACGGUGGACACGUUUGCCGUUGUUUGUUUGGAGGUGAAAUUGGUUCCAAUGGAAAUACUUGCAACAAUGAUGUAAAUGUAGUAGAAGAAACGUGGUCCCCUCAGUUUAAUGGAACGAGCUACCUUGAAUUGCCGCCACUCGAAGGGCUUGGGAAAGCGUUCCGCAUUGAAAUUUGGUUUUUAACGAACCGAUUUUCUGGAAUGAUUCUUUACACGGGCCAGUCUAAUAAAGCCAAGGGGGAUUUCAUAGCGAUUAACCUGGUUAACGGCUACCUUCAAUUUAGGUACAAUUUAGGAAGCGGUAUAGCCAAUAUAACUUCUCCUGUGCCUAUCACAAAGGGUCGUUGGCAUAGAGCUCGUGUGUCUAGAUCAGGUCGUCACGGUAGCCUCCAGUUAGACCAUCAUCCUACGCAAAGGGGACAUUCAGCACCUCCGCUAACUCACCUAGACCUUAUGCUACCUCUCUUUAUUGGUUCCUUACCCUCGUACAUUCGCCCUCAUAAGAUGUCCGGCGUGACCAGCAGUUUAAUAGGAGCCGUGCAACAGGUCUUCGUCAAUGGAAAUCCUUUAUCUUUAUAUGGAGCUGAUACUGCUAAAUGUGUUAUAAACCAAGAAGAAGAACGUCUGCCUUGUGCAACUACUGGCGUAACACGGUAUACGGGUCCUCCUUGUGGAGACGGUCUAACUCCAUGCAAAAACAACGGUUCGUGCAUACCUUUACUGAACGAGUACAAGUGUAUUUGCCGAGACGGCUACCAAGGAAGAAACUGUGAAAUCCAAAUCAAUGUAGAAAUGUUAAACGAAAGAACUCCAGUGAAAUUCGACGGAAAUAAUUACUUCUCCUACCGUAGCAGAGGAAGUCGCAGAAACAGCGGUUCACGCGGCAUUAGAUAUGAAAUAAAGUUCCGUACGUACAACGAUUCUGGUCUCCUGAUGUGGAGACGUAAAAUUGGUAUACGACCUCGUGAUUUCAUCGGACUGGGUUUAAGCGAGGGGAAACUUCAGCUUAUGUAUACUGAUACGGACAUAAAAGAGGUGAACUCCGCGACUCAAGAAGACUGGUUCCAGUGUAUUGAGUCGAAAGUACGGGUGGACGAUGGAAGGUGGCAUACCGCAACCGUGAGACGGAGGAAGAGACUUGCAAUGUUGCAAGUGGAUGAUACACCGCCAGUUAGAGGGUACUCACAGUCGUUGUUAGUGCCUUCGAAGUCAAAUCCGAAGCUGUGGAUUGGAGGAUCUCCAUCUCUACCCCUGGGUUUACCAGCGGCUCUCUACACAGGUCUUCGUGGUUGCGUCGCGAGUGUCAAAGCCAACGGACGUCACAUCGACCUUAGUCUGCCCAUACGUCCUACGACAGCCGUACGACAUUGCGAUUGA